UUUUUUUUAUAAAAAGGGAAGAAGGAAAUGUGACAAUGAAAAUUUUAAAUCUCAUGCAUUUUGGAGGACCAUCUUCAGGAUGCAAUCACAUGUAUGAAAUAUUAGUAUAACUGUAUCAUGAUGUCACCUUAAAGAUUUAUUUUUGUUUUUACUAUUUUGAAAUAAGAGGUGGUAUGUUUUUAAGAUUAAGUAGCAAAUGUUGUGUCAAAGAUUAACUGUUACAUGUUUUGAAAUGUAGUGAUAUAAUUACUCGCUUAAGUUUGAUGAACAAAUACUGUGUUUACUUCAGUGGGUGCAGAAAACAAUCACUGCUGCACGUCGGUACAGUGAUAUGAUGAACUGUCCAUUGAAGAUUUUUGUCUAACCUUGCUAGAAACCAUAUCUCCAUCAAACUUAUACAGACAUAACGCUGCAAGAGAAAUGCUUUCUUUGUUCAUAUUUUUGGGAAAACCAGAAAGAAAGACGUGAACACAAAUGGCAUAUUGAUUUUUCCUGACAUAUAGGACAAAUAAUGGAACAUAGGAAUCCACCAUUUCAGGUAAAAACAGCUGAUCGGUUGGCAUUGUGCCAUGCAGGAUCGCACUCCUCAUCCAUUUUGGGUCAAUCAGCAAUGAUAGCAACCUAACAUUGUGUGGAUUUACAUGUUUAUAUGUCAGGGGGGUAAUUCAAGUUCAACAUGUUCAAAACAGUUGAAUUUAUGCCAGGAAGAAAGUUUGUGGGUAUUGAAGACAAUGUGUGACCUUUAAAUUUCCUGGUGUUUCAUAAUAUUUUGUUUGUCAAGUAGUUGAAAUCUGAAUGUUCAUGUAUGAGCUAACUAUAUUGCAGUUUUUAAUGUAUCGUAAGUAAAACAGCCUUUUCAGUGCAUUAAAUUGUUCUGGAAGAGAAAUUUAAGUAAGUUACAUAUACACAUCAGUAAAACACUUUGUAUGUGACUUGCAGUGAUGAAUGUGCAAAAUUACGUGAUCCUAAACAUUGCUGACUGGUACAUCAUCCUUUCUCCUAGUAGGGGGCUAGUUAUUUAUGUGUCUUUGGAAGGAGACCCUUUAUUUGUUUUUGGUAUACAUAUAAUAGUGAAAGAUUGCAAAUUGAAGAGCACUGGCAUGGCACAAAGAAAAAUCCAUGCAGGGUUCCAUUUACCAAAAGUUUAAAUAAAUAAAUUGAUAUUGGCCUUUUGCCACAUUGUCUGCAGACCUUUCGAUCAGGUGUUAUUGUGUCAAUGGUACUGUAUACAGGUAACGAAAUCAGCUGGGUUUUACGCAUUAAUGAUCUGCAUCGUAAACACAUAUGAAGUUGACUUCUGUUUUGACAAUGUAUCAAGGGAUUUCUUCUCUCUUUUUUUUAAAGUUCAUUGUUAUUAGAAUACUCAGUGUACAUGACAGCCAGUAACUUGAUGUUCAGAUAUGUAUAGUGAAAUUUCUGGAGAUCUCCGGCCAGGCAUCUAAAACUCAUGAAUUUUUUAAAAAGAUACAAUCAAUGACUUAUAAACAGGAAGUCAUAGAAUGGCAUGCAGAUCAGUUGACAGAAACACAUUAUGCCAGAAAACACUGAGUCAGAGGGUCACGAUCGCACAGGGUCAGGUCAUGGUCGGUCAGCUAUGACGAUCAACAAAGAGUUACAAGCCAAUAAGAGCAGGAUUGGAUCAGCGAAGUACUAUGAUAUUGCCUCAGCUCUUAUGGGUAAAGGCAAGGCUGACCUGGAGGAGCUUUUUCUGAAUGCAGCAAGAGAUGGGGAUUAUGACAGAAUAGAGACAUUUUUAUUAAGACGUAGUGAUGUCAUAGUAAGCAUUGAUGUCAAGGACAAAAGAACUGGGAACACCCCACUCAUCUGGGCUGCUAAAAGAGGACACACUAAGAUUGUCCAGUUACUCCUAAAACAUGGUGCUGAUAUUACUCUCCGUAACUAUGAAAACCAGACAGCAGUGGAGGUAGCAUCUGCUGGAAUCCGAACAAUUCUGCUGGACUCUGUGGAGCGCUGCACCGAAUCAUUCCAUCGUCUCUUACUGCAGGCAGCAUGGCAGGGCAAUAUCAAAGUCCUCAGGAAAUUACUGAAUGAAAACAAGGUUCGGGAUAUCAACUGCCAGAACUCAGAGGGGUUGACAGCACUUCUGCUGGCCUGUCGAGACAUUCAGCUAUUUGAGAGACUCUCUACACAGAUGAAUCGACCUUAUGACCCUGUGGAAUGUGUCAAGGAGUUACUCUCUCAUAGAGCUAAUGUGCAUGUAGUAGAUGGAGAUGAUAUGACCUGUUUGCACUACACAUCUAAAUCCAAAGCUGGUCUGGCUUUGGCCGUCCUGCAAACCAUACUGGAAGCAGAACCUAAUAUAGAAUCUAAGGAUAAGCGUCUUUUUGCCCCAGUCCACUGUGCCUCUCAGACAGGCAAUGUAGAAUGUUUGGAGGCCCUACUGGAGGGAGGUACAGAGGUCAAUUGUCGGGGAUUUGCAGGUGCCACCCCACUACACAUAACUGCAUACAAUGAUCAUGAAAAGGCAGCUUGCUCCCUGCUGAAACAUGGAGCAGACGUCACUUUAACAGAUGACAGAGGAUUGACUGCCCUUGACCUUGCCAGAGGUCGAAAGAUCAAGGCUGUACUCAAGGAGGCAUGGACAGAAGCCACACAGUGUAAACCAUCAACGAGUCUUGCCCCCUUGAAAACUCCAGGUCGUGAGGACAGUCGAGUGUCCACUGAGGAUGUUAAAAAGAAGAAACGAGGAGGGGAAGUCAUAUUUGAUGCAAUGCCAACCAGUGUAUUUGCCAACAUGAAAUCUACACCAAAUAAGGGAAAACUGGUUUCCCGACACUUAAGCCUGAAAGAAAAAGCCAGACUUGCUGAGGAGAACAUGCUUCAGGACAUCGAGAAUGGAAACUUUGUUCCUGGUCCGUAUCUCAGCACUCCAAAUGACAAUGAACUCACUUCAGUCUGUCGAUCUAGGGAUGGAGUAAGAAAGCUAGGAAAGGUCAGAAGUCAAAGGUUGUCACCAUCACCUCUACCAAAAACCAGAUCCAAAGAGAGGCUACCCUCCAUCAGCCCAGAAAGAGGCCAUGAUAGGGAUUCACCAACAUUCAGCAGAAAUGGAAAAUAUCGAAGGUCAUUUGAUGAAAGCAAGAUUAGUCUGGGAAGAGGAAACAAGCCAGUUACCUUCCCUGGACCUGGUAGUAAGGGGAAUAGGGUGUCUCCCCUGACAGUGAGGGAGAACACUAGGACAUCCCCUCUCACUAUAGUGGACCCAGAUUUUGAUCAGUGUAUGCAGAUUAACAGAAUGCAGGUGCCAUCAUCGCCUACCCCAAGCAUCAGCAAGAACUAUAAACAUCAUCGUAGAUCAGGCUCCGACACUAUUGCCAAUAUCGGUGACCUGGCCAUGACCUGUGAGACUUAUAUAAGUAAAGGUUCUGUUAAUCCACUACAUCACAGUGAGGACUAUAAUAUUGAGUGCACCUCACCUCGAAUUGCAAAGUAUCCCAGAAGGGAGACAACUCAUUAUUCACAACUACUAAGAGAGACAACCCAGAAAAAUCUUUAUAAUCAAGAUGGAUCUUGUUAUUCUUCAACAGCAACUUGUGAAGUGACACAAAUUUUGGAUCUGGAUCAAAUGGGACUGACCAACAAAUGUCCACAGACACCUGUUCAGGGAGUCCCUCUUUAUCCAACUUCAUCCAAUAUCCUUCCCCCAACACCCACAUUACUCAAUCAACAGACAAAUUCUAACCUAGAGUGUGCCAUGACAGAGCAGCAGCCAUCAGAUGACUCAAAGGACCCAUCACCAAGGUCAGAUGAGGAUGAAUUGAUUAAGAAUAAUGAUAUCAAGAUGGCCUUUGCAGGGACUAUAGAACUCAUGAAAUCUAGAUCUAUGUAUAAGGAAGAGUUUAUCCUUGAGGAAAGUCGACCUCGAGAUUUGUCACUCAGGUCCUCAAGUAGUGAAGAUUCUCAAAGGAGUAAGCAGUCACAUUCCAGCAGAAGCUCCUCAGGAGACCCACCCAUUAAGGAGAAUUCUGGGAAGAUCGCUAAACCAGCAUCAAAUGCAACUCAGCGAAGCAACAUCAAACAAUCUCUCAGGAAUGAUGUAGCUAAAAAAAGUGAUACAAGACAGUCAAUACCUCAGAAAGGUGGUCCACAAGUUUCCAAACCUUCCAGUGUAGGUUCGAAGAAAUUGACCCUUCGAUCUAAGCAAAAAUCUGUGAUGUCAGAAUCCCGUGGAGCAGUCUAUCUUGGGAAUUUGAAUAAUGAUACUGCUGUUAAAAAUGUACCAGUUGUGCCAAAUUCUGCUGGUAUUUCAAAGAGUUCUUCGGCUCAAAGCAGAAUUACAGUGCACUCCAGACAUUUUAGUGAGGAUUUAGUGAAAGAUGAUAUACAGUGUAGCAAUAGUGAAAACAAAUCCGGACCAAUGCAAGUUGUGUCAUCACAGCUACUUUCUAAUGUCAAGGAAGAGAUCAGGAAGAGGAGUGAACUCUUAUCAGACGGAAUGGAAGAAACCCCUAUUGUGAGUAAAGGUCAGUCAGGGGAGAGUGAACUAGAAAAGGACGAGUCAAAGAAGUUGGCAAAGAGUGAAUCUAAUGUGCACAAACUCAAAACUGUUGAAAAAGAGGCAAAUUUACCAAGACCUGCAACUCAGGCUUCAGCAAAAGCAGUGAAAAGAAUUGGACCCAUUCCAGCCAAUAAACCAGUAGCUGCUAAUAACAAAGCAUUUGUCUCCAUGAAUCAAAACCCCAAAUCGACAAAUCCAUCUUAUCUUCAGCCAACCAGGUCGUCUUCUUCCAGAGCAGGCAAUGAUGCAGGAGCAAAAGAUAUAAAAACUAACUAUACAAAACCAACAACUGAUGGGAAAAGCACAGGUAAACCAGAUAUUCUGAAAGUAGGCCCUGAAUCUAAACAUCAAGAGAAGUCAGAAGCAGAGACAAAGUCAACCACAAACAACUUAUCUUGUACCGAUGUUAAUAAAACUGCUCAAACUGUCAGUGGAAGUCAUUCCACUGCUAAUAAUUCAGGAAAUGUAUCUGUAAAUAAAGUUUUCACAAGCAACACAAAUGCUAAAUUAGUUGAUCCAAAAUCAGGAAAACCAAUGUCUACAACAUCAUCACAAUUAAAGGCAACCAGUUCCAAACAGUCAAUUACCAACUCUGCAAAAACUCAGAAUUCACAGAAAAGCUCAGCAGGCAGACCUCUGCGUGGAAACUCUAGUGCAACUAUUAUAGCUAAAGCACCAGCAGCUUCUGUGAGAAGUGAGUCAAACAUCUCAGGAAAGGCAUCAUCACAAGUGAAAGAGAAAGAUGACAACACUCAGGAAUCAAGACAAGUAAAUUCAAAUGAGGCGCGGAAAAAUAAAAUGAUGUCAGCUUCAGAAACAAAUUUAGGAGAAGUAAAGGAAAAUAUCCCAAGUAACUUUAAUAGAGCUCAGUCAGACAGUGGCUUUUCAAAGGUAGAAAUGGAGAAAGCAGAUGAACUUCCUGCUUUUCAGUACAAACCAGCCAGUGCAGGAAAGCCACCGCUGGUUGAAAUAGUUACCUCAGUUACUCCUCGCAGGGUCAAACCAGAGCCUGUUGUGGAAGGUCCAAUGCAAACACCUGUCAUUGAAGAUCCCUUUGCUGACUUGUACCCAGACAAUUCGAUAAAACCUCAGGAAAAGAAACCAAGUGGAAAAGGAAUGUCUGCUACAGCAUACGGAUACAUGUUAUCGAAACCAGUAAUAGAAAGAUCUAAAACCAACAUAUCAAUAAAAAGUCGAGGGAAAAGUGCCAAGAAAAAAGAUCCAAAACCGUCCUCUGCAAAUCUCAAGCUGGGUAAGAGAAGAGGUGGUGCAAAAAGCAAGGAGAGAAGAAAUACUGAAGAUGCAGUAGCUCGACCAAAGAGUGGAAAGAGAAUCAAGUCUGGGAAAAGAAGAAAGAAGAUACCUGUAGACUCUCUACUUGGAAAGCAGGCAUCUCAGUCAGAUAUCGCACUAAUCUCAGGGAUAGGCUGGCAUGUGGCUGCUAGCUGCAUAGAUAAGUCAGAUGUCAUAGCUGUGAAGUGUACCGACUCUCAGUCGUCAGUGUCUUCAGAAAGUGAACAUGAAGACAUGGAAGGAGAUGAUUUUCAGCCCUGUGUAAAUCGUCUAGAAAGUCUUGUGUUUGACAACCUUGAAAUGAUAAGAUCAGGAAAUUUCAACAUUGAUGUAGACACCCCAAGGUUUGAGAAGGAUCAUCUCAAGCCCAAAAAUUUAAGGAAUACUUUAAAUGUGGAUGUGUAUCAACAGAUUGACAGUUCCCCAAACACUCCUUCACCUCGCUUUAAACAGAUUAAGCCUGAUUUUGAGGCAAAGAUGAACUUACCAAGAGUAGACAAUGAUGGAUAUCGACCAAUGAAUCUAGAUUUGACACAGACAUCACUUUCUAACAAGAAUGGUAGAAAUGGGGAAAACAAUUCCUUGAAUUCCCUGCCUCCUAACUUUAACAACCUUUUCAAAAUGGAGCAGUUUAGUGCAGCUCAACAAGAACUAGAUGAAAUUUUGUACUCAAAUCCUGCAGUUGAUGAAGCUAAUGAGGAGCUUAACAGACAAAUAUUGAUCGACAAGCUGACACCUAUACCAGAGUCCCCUUCCUUAAGCACAACAACACCAAUUCAUAAAACAUUGACCGCUUUAAGGGACUUUGAUGAGAAAGUGAAAGAUGAGACAUUGAAUGAUCUACUUGGCUUAAAUGGCCAAACUCCCAGAAUACCAAAGGAUGUGGAAUAUUCUCCUGGUCAACUAAAGUAUGGAAAAUCUGAUUUAGAAAAUCAAGAGUUACAACACAGGAAUUCAUCCACUUCAGGAAAAAGCAAAACUUCAGAGAGAACAAACUCAUCAAGCCAAAAAUCAUCUGCUGGUAGCAAUUCUAGGACUCCAGGAUCUUCAGCAGGAAAAAAGAAUUUGCAGCUAUCAGCUGGAAGUCGAGUAAGAGGCCCUGAAUCUGUUGUCAGGAAAACCCAGUCUUCUGCUGGCAGCAAAACAUCAAGGACUCUGGCAACAACUUCUGCUAACAGAAACAAAAAUUUGUCAAAAUCUCUAAAUGAAAAUAGUAGAGGUGAAAUUGAAAUAUCUAUUGAAAAUCUUAAGUCAGCCAUUCAGCAAAAUAAAUUAAAAGAUGAAAGGAAAAAACAGAGAGGAAAACAGAAGGAGAUGGACCUUCUAAAUGUCCCCCUUCCUGCUGAAAAUAUCCCUUUAUUAGAUUUGAAUGGUGUUGAUCAUGCAGAAGAGGAUGAUUUAGGUGGAAGAAUGAGCCAAAGAAAGAAGAAGGAAUCUGGAGGAAGAUCCACCAGAAGAGAAAGAAAAUUCUCAGAAACUAAGAGUGAAGAACAAGAAGAGACAAAUUUGGAUGAGGUUGUGGAGGAAAUUCUCAGCAAUACCUUGUCCUCAACAAGAUCCAACAGAACAUUGACAAAUGUGAGCAGAAACAGCACAUUGACAGAUGCAGACCGAGAUCUGCUUUUGAAGAUGACCCAAAAUGAAUCUCCUUUUUAUGCCAAACUUUCUGCCUCAGUUUCUGAUCACCAGAGGAACAAUCAGAUGGAAGAAAUUGAAGACAUUACAGCACAGCAACCUCAAUUACAAGUUACUGAUGAUCUACAAAGAAGACAAAAACAAAAAUUUGACACUGAAGCUAUUGCAAAGAUCAUGAACAGUUUCAAACACAUGGAGCUGUAUGCAGGCAAAGGUGGCAGUCUGAGAGGUUUGAAAGGAAGCCGAGAGCAUCUACACAAGCCUCACAUGAGUGUUGGAGAACCAUCAUCUGCUCUUGUCAAUCACAAGCCACCCAUAACAGUUCCAAAGGGAAAAUCUGCAGGAAAGUUUACAGAGAUCAGAGGCUCUAAACAAGAUGGUGGAUCCAUGAGGAACAGCAGUCAAAAGGAAGCUUCCUAUCAAUUUGUUAACUUACCUGCACAGGAUGGAACAGGCUUUGGUGAUCAGGAUAGUAUGGACUUUGACAACAAGACAUUAAGUAGUGAAUUAACUAGUGACACACCCUGUUCCACUGUGAACUCAGAUAGCAGAGCAGGCAGUGCCUGUACCUCUAUCAGUAACCAAUCCAAUGCAGACGACACUAUACAAUGGAAGAAAGGAAACGUUCUGGGCAAAGGAGCAUUUGGAACUGUGUGGUGUGGGCUUACCAGUGAAGGACAGCUUAUCGCAGUUAAACAGAUAGAACUGAACACGUCUGACAAAGACAAGGCUAAGCGAGAGUAUGAAAAAGUCCAGGAGGAAGUGGACCUUUUGAAACUGCUCAACCACAAAAAUAUUGUAGGAUAUCUUGGCACAAGCCUUGAAGAAGAAGACAGUGUGGUCAGUAUAUUUAUGCAGUUUGUUCCAGGAGGCUCCAUUGCCAGUAUAUUGGCCAGAUUUGGGGCUCUUGAUGAAGCUGUGUACAGGAGGUACACCAAACAGAUCUUGGAAGGCGUGUCAUACCUUCAUCAAAAUGAUGUCAUUCAUAGAGACAUCAAAGGAGGAAAUGUGAUGUUGAUGCCAAAUGGAAUCAUCAAACUCAUCGACUUUGGAUGUGCCAAAAGAUUAUGUAUAAAUCUCAGUAUGGGCCAGUCACAGAUCCUCAAAUCCAUGAAAGGGACUCCAUAUUGGAUGGCCCCAGAAGUGGUCAACGAAACUGGGCAUGGUAAAAAAUCAGACAUAUGGAGUGUUGGCUGCACUAUUUUUGAAAUGGCUACUAGAAAACCACCAUGGGCAGACAUGAAUCCAAUGGCAGCCAUAUUUGCCAUUGGAAGUGACAGAAAAUCACCACCAAGGUUACCAGAUAAAUUUUCAGCAGAGGCCAUAGAGUUUGUUGAUUUUUGUUUGACAAGGGACCAAAGUCUUCGACCAUCUGCUGUGCAACUUUUGCAACAUGCAUUCAUUACAAAGAGGAAAAAUUCCAAGGGUGAGAAGAAAUGAAUUUGUACUGCUUGCUGUUGGCUUGUUCAUGAGACUGUGUUCUUCACUGGGAAUACACUCCAUUUUCAUGGGAUUUCAAUAAUGUCAUGUGUUGAGAGAUUCUAUGUUCCGGAAGUGAGCUAUGAAUGCUGUUCAAAAAUUUCUAUUCAAAGCCAUUUUAGUGUCCCAGUUGUGUUAUUUACCGGUACAUCACACACUGAAGAGGUGAUCGUGGUGUUCUUGUUCAUGAUAUUAGUUCACUGCUGUUCAGGAAUCAACUUUUGUUCAGGUCUGUGUUCAGAUCUUGCAUCAUUUUUGAUAUACGGAAAGAGACUGAAGAAGACAGAUUUGUUUUUACAUAAUAUUACUAGGAUUUUGUACAUUUCUUCAUAUAUAUUUUGCUUUUUUUUUUUACAGUGAUUGCACUAAAUGUUUAGCUUCUGGAAUAAAUGUAUUUUAUUGUGGAGAAUCAAGAUUAAUGUUGUAAUGUAUGAAUAAAUGUUAUGUUCUGUAAGAUUUUAUAUUUUUCCAUAUUGACACAUUUCCUCAGUGUGAAGGAAAUAAAAUAGUAAUGUUCCAGCAAAAAUUAUUUUUUAAUACACAUUUUAUUUUUAAAUUUGUUAUUUAUGUGUAUAUACCUACAGCAGAGCUUUAUUUUGUAGGGACAUCAUUAUUUUGUACAAGAUUAGUGUAUGAAUGGUGUCCAUAUUGUGCCAAUGUAACCAUUUUUGUUGUUGUGCCAAAUAUGAGUAGGACAUUGUAGUGUAACAUGUACCAACUUUCAUCUGCCAUAGGAAGUGACUAACAUUUUGACAAUAAAUUAACAGGUAGUUAUUUUUGUUGGAGGUAUUGACAAGAUUGAAAAUGAAGUACAAGGGUAUUUCAUAUUAUAUAUAAGACAUAAUUUGUGACACUUUCCUGUUUAAAGGAAUUAGUGAGACAAUCGCAGGAGUUACGCUCAGUGUGAUAUAUAUACACGUGUCUCUCAGUUUAGAAUAAAUAUUGAUUUUCAUAACACAAUUCAGAGUAAAGCAAUAUUUUUUCUUGUCAAUUUUCAUGACAAUAGAUCAGCUUUGCUUAGAUUUAUCAAUGCAAUAUUUUUAGAUGGGCAUUUUUAGUCAAGGGAUAAUCAUCCGAUAAAUAUACCUCCAUGUAAAAUCAAUCCAUCAUUUUGUCACAUUUGCAUACAUGUAUAUACAAAGAUUUACAUUUGGUGCAGUUGUAAACAAUGCAUGUAUGAAUACAGAACUACUUGUUAAAUAUUGUUGUCUACUUUAAUGACGGGUAAGUCCAACAGCAAUGAAAGUAGUGUAAAUAUAAGAAAUAAAUUUCAUUUUUGAAAAUUCAUUAAGGUAUGAACUACAGUGCUUCAUGAUGGCAUACUUUUCAUGAAGCUCUAAAGCACUUCAUGAAAUGUGCGGCUGUGAAAUGUCGCAGUUCAUACCCUUGUGUAUUUUCAAAAAUAUUUCUUUGGUGUAUUGCAAAUAUCCCCGAGAUUUCAUUUGCAAGCACCUCGUGCAUGAGAAAUUACGUUGCUGAGAAGUCAUUGUUUUGAAUAUUUCCUGCCGAAAACAAAUGAAAUUAAAAUUCUGUUAUGAUUCUUUCAUAGGAUUUUACAUUAAAAAUAUAUGGCAGGACACUAUAAAUUUGAUAAUGGAACAUGUAGAUAUAUGUAGUUUCCAUUUUUAUUUUUAUUCAAAUAGGUGGUGUUAGGAAAGGAAUUUGUAUCCAGUAUGCCUUUUGUCAAGGAACAAAAGCCACAAAUAGCCAAAUUUGGCUCUGUAAAUUUAACUAGAGCUGAGCUUUGAUAUAUCACUAUUUUCUAUGAAUACUGACAAGGAUAAACAUUUCUAUUAGUUUGACAAGGAAUGGGAUUUAGAGGACAAGAGUUAACAAUAUACAUGGUAUCUCAUAUCUCAGCUUUUUGUAUAAUUUAGAUGUACUGCUGAUCGAACAGUGUCUAUGAUGUUACGUGUGGAUUCACUGUGAUAAGACACAGACCAUUAUGUUGUGACUGAAUUUGUUUCAUUAUUUAUACUUGUACGCAUUCAUACUAUGACAUCAUGUCUUCCCUUUGAAAUAAAAAAUUUCAAAGUAGA